GUCCUACAUAUGCACAAUUGUUGUUGUUUUUUUUGUUUGUUUUUUUAACCAGUUUGCACAAAUAGGACUUGUUUAUUUUCUGUGAAUAAACUCCCCAAUUUUUUUACACCAUGCAUGUCUGAACAUGCAGUUCACCAUCGCCAACUCAACAAUAAACAUCCAACCACUCAGACUCCACUGGGUUUGCCUGCACAUUUAAACCUUUAGUGUCUGUUAGAAAUAGUGCAUGCAAACACAAUGGUAACUAAAAGUAUGUAUGUGUUACAUUACUUUUGAAGAUGCAAUAACUCACUUUAUCUAGGCUUGUAGGUCUUUGCAUGUACAAGAAGAUUAUUAAUAUGCAGUCUCAGUUAAUCAUGUUAAUGUAUGAGUCAAGCAGUAAAUGCAACAUCACAGCACAAGCAGCUUUCUUUUUCCUGUUUAGAAAAACACAGGAAACUGAAACUAGGCUUUUCGUUGUCUGCGUUAAAUGGACCCAAAUGCACAAACCAAGGCGAGGAGGAAGAUGAAUCCUCUGAACAAGCAGCAAACUUUGCCUGCUCUAGGCAAGGAAAUGCCGCGGCAGUUUCAGAAGAUCUCGUUCAGCGAGGUGGAUGAGCAGGUGAAGCGGCUAGCUGAAAAAGUGUAUGCUACAGCAAUAAAGGAGGAGAACACAAAAGAUGUCAUGUCUAUGUAUGCGGUGCCUGAGGACUGCCCCAUCGGCCUUCAUCAGGCUAAUCUGAGAGAGCUGCAGAAAGAAAUAGCUGAGGAAAAUUCAGAAGAGAGCAUCAAAAGAAAGAAGAGUUUUAAACUUAUGCGCACCCAGUCCGUAUCUUUACAAAUACCUGGUGCGUCUGAGUGGGCCAUGUCUGUGAUUCGUCCUCUCCUCACCCCAGAUAUACCAGAUGCACCUGUCCUAACCAAUGUCCCAGAGUUCCAGAGGGUCACUGUCAAUGGGGAUUACUGUGCAGGGGUCACAGUUGAAGACUAUGAGCAGGCAGCAAAAAGCCUGUUGAAAGCAUUACUCAUCAGAGAGAAAUAUGCCCGGCUUGCAUACCACCGUUUUCCCAGAACCACCGCCAGGUUUCUAAAGAGUGCUAAUAAUGACACAUGGAGUGAAGAAGAUGAGGUUCUGCCAGAUAACACUCCAUGCCCAACUGAGGGUGAGGACCCAUACAGUAUGGAGGACCUCCCUCAGAACCUGGACUACAUUCUGAAGAUGAAGGAUGGCAUUAUAUAUGUGUAUGAUAAUGCAGAAGCUUUGAGUGAAGAUAAGCCACACUGUUUACCCUAUCCUGACAUGGAGACCUUCACUAUUGAAAUGACUCAUGUCCUUGCCAUGAUUGCUGAUGGACCAACGAAGACCUAUUGUCACAGAAGGCUCAACUUCCUUAUGUCCAAGUUCUACUUGCAUGAGAUGUUAAAUGAGUUGGCAGAGAUGAAGGAACUGAAGAGUGUUCCACAUAGGGACUUCUACAAUGUCAGGAAGGUCGACACCCACAUCCAUGCAGCAGCCUGCAUGAACCAAAAGCAUCUGCUCGAGUUUAUCCAGGACACAUGUAAAACAGAGGCAGAUCGAGUGGUGAUGGAAAAGGGUGGGAAAAAGAUCACCCUAAAGCAGGUGUUUCAAGAUCUCCACAUGGACCCUUAUGAUCUCACAGUGGAUUCGCUGGAUGUGCACGCUGGCAGGCAAACGUUUCAUCGUUUUGACAAGUUUAACUCCAAAUACAACCCAGUUGGUGCAAGUGAGCUUCGUGAGAUCUACCUAAAAACAGACAACUGUAUUAAUGGGGAAUAUUUUGGACGUAUUAUAAAGGAGGUUGCACAUAAUUUGGAGGAGAGUAAAUACCAGUAUGCUGAGCCUCGCCUCUCCAUCUAUGGCCGCUCUGCCAGCGAGUGGGAAAACCUAGCAAAAUGGUUUAUCCAGCAAAAAAUGUACUCGCCCAACCUAAGAUGGAUGAUCCAAGUGCCAAGGAUAUAUGACAUUUUCAGAUCCAAGAAGAUAAUUCCAAACUUUGCCAAGAUGCUUGAGAACAUUUUCCUUCCACUAUUUGAGGCUACCGUUAACCCUCAGAAGCACAAGGAAAUUCAUGUUUUCCUGAAAUAUGUAACAGGCUUUGACAGUGUGGAUGAUGAGUCCAAACACAGCGAUCACUUUUUCUGCCAUAAGAGCCCUAAACCAGAGGAAUGGACCAUGGAAGAAAAUCCUCCGUACAGUUACUACCUCUUUCACAUGUAUUCCAACAUCAUGGUGCUAAACAAUCUGCGAAAAGAACGUGGCCUCUGCACCUUUCAGUUUCGUCCUCACUGUGGAGAAGCAGGCUCCAUCACUCACCUGGUGUCAGCCUUUCUUACUGCAGACAACAUCUCGCAUGGCCUCAACCUGAAAAAGAGUCCUGUGCUGCAGUACCUGUACUACCUUGCCCAGAUACCCAUUGCCAUGUCCCCUCUGAGCAACAACAGCCUGUUCCUGGAGUACUCCAAGAACCCAUUAAGAGAGUUCCUGCAUAAGGGCCUAUGUGUCUCACUGUCCACUGACGACCCCAUGCAGUUCCACUACACCAAAGAGGCACUAAUGGAGGAGUAUGCUAUUGCAGCACAGCUGUGGAAGCUCAGCACAUGUGAUGUUUGCGAGAUCGCUAAAAACAGCGUCCUACAAAGUGGUAUCUCACAUCAGGAAAAGAAACGUUUCUUAGGUGAGCAGUAUUUAGAGGACGGACCACAAGGGAACGACAUCCGCUGUACCAACGUGGCCCAGAUCCGCAUGGCCUUCAGGCAUGAGACCAUGUGCAAUGAGCUCAGCCUUCUGGUGGAUGCAGUCAAGAAUGAGUGCAUGGCUGCGCAGAGAGUGUAAACAUACUGGAAUUAAUAAUAAAUAUAAAAGCUAAACAAUCAAAAAUCUUACAAAAAAAAAUCCAGCAUUAAAUUGGGACUCCUGUAUAAGGAAAUUCUCAUGCUGCUUCUGCACUGAGCCAGAUUAAGUCCUCAGUCUAAUUGUUUGAGCAAUGGAAAAUUCCUCCCAGUAAAAAAAAAAUAUACAACAGACAUGCUUGGUUUCUAUAAACAGAAUGACUAAAGGGGUUUGUUUUACUAAUGAUAUUCCCUUGCAUUUCUUAAGGUUUUUGGUUUGGUUUCACUUUUAAUGAAAAGCACUUAUAUUUGUUUUGCCGAAAAUACAAACCAAGCAUUAACUUGGCAUAGUGAUUAGGCCACUAAGUACCUUGUUAAACUUGUAAAUCUGCAUUUGGGUUUGCACAAGGUAUACACCUUCUAAGUUCUUCAAGAGCACUGGAACUUCUCUUGACUAAGUUUAGGACCAGUCCAAUUUUAGAAAACCUUAAUAAAUCCACCUCAAUAAAAGUUACCCAAAUCAAUAAUGUUCUAGAUGAAUAGUAAUUGUUUUUGCUACAAGCUGCUGUGUGAAAGAAAAAUCUAAUGUAAUGCUGGAUAUGGGAACAUGGGUUAACAAACACAAGUGUUUACCAACCUGUUUUUUUUUUUUUUUACAAUCAUUAUAUGAUACUCAUAAAGAGAAAACAUGCAUAGACCUUAAUCUUUUGCCAGUUUCUUCCCUUAUUUUUUCCUCAUUUUCUAAACUGCUGUUGGACAUUUUUAUCUAGAUUCUGAUUUUGCCAAAUUGUACAUUAAAUAUCUACCCAACAAUGUCAACUAAGAGUCAAAGCUAAUCCAGUUAGCUUGGGGGGUAUGCUAACUUUAUAAUUUUCUUAAUGCACAAAAAGAUAAAAAUACCUGCCUAAACACUGAGGCAUUCAAGACAAACCAGGACUUUUGAUAUAAAGAAUGCAGAAUAACAGAACACAGUUAUGAGUUAAAAACUACCUUUAUUCCUCUAUAUAUUACAUUUUUCAAUUUUAUUUAUAUAGCGCUUUUAACAAUGGUCAUUGUCUCAAAGCAGAUAUAUAUAAUCCCCUGCUACACUAAUGCACUUAGUGUUUCACUAGUGCUUGGUUACCAUCAAGGUAGAAGGUUUUCUCAGUACACUGGAGCAUAAUCAGUUUGCCUGCUUCACGUCUGAAACGAUAAAAACCUUAAUGGCCAAAUGGGUAAAAAUUGUUUUAGAG